GGAGGUGCAUGAGUGAGAGAGACACAGGAAACAAGAGAGGGACAGAACUUUUCCCCUGCGUCUUUCUACAACUGCCUGCUAAACAAGAUGAGGGCUGCGUUGCUGCUGCUGCUGUUAGUCACUCUCAUCAGCAUUAAAACUGGAGCUGGAGGGAAAAACAAGAAAGAGAAAAACAAACCCUCCCAGUCCGGGUCAGAAUGCACUGACUGGCGCUAUGGCAACUGUGUCCCUAGCAACGGGGACUGUGGAGCAGGGUUUAGAGAGGGGUCAUGUGACCAGCAAAACAAGAAGAUGAAAUGUAAAGUACCUUGCAACUGGAAAAAACUAUUUGGAGUUGACUGUAAGUAUCGGUUUCCUAGUUGGGGAGAGUGUGAUCCAAACUCUAGCUUGCGGACCAGAACAGGAACAUUGAAGAGGGCUCUGUAUAAUGCAGACUGUCAACAGACAAUUUCUGUCUUCAAACCGUGCCAUGGAAAAAACAAGACAAAACCCAAAGGAAGGAAGAACAAAGGCAAGAGGAACUAGAAAUGAUGAUGAGUCUCCAACAAACAAAAGCAUUAUUGUCAAUGAUUUUGCCUCAAACAUGACAAAACAUGACUUUUAUUUUUAAACAGAGAAGAGUGUCUACAUCUUUAAAUACUAAAUGUCUAGAUUAAGACAGUACACAUGAGCAUGAUCUGUGGCAUUAUACGCUUUGCUUUUAAAUAUUGUGAAAAAUAUUUUCAAUAUGGCAUUUUCUAAAUUUGACCCAUAAGUACCAAAUCUUUCAUAGGAUAAAUGUAUCUGGACAUCUCUACAGCUACUCUGGGAAGCUGUUCAGCAAGUUUUUUCAGCUCGUCUAUGCUAUGCUUGGUGUUAAUAAAAAGUUUUUCCAGUUUAACUUUGUUAAUCUUGGAUGUGCCAGUAGCAUCUGCACACUACUGUAACUGCAUGUCCUUUCAAUAAUUAGUAAUUACUUAUUAAUAGUUACGUUUAGAUUUCAGUGGAUUUGUAAUAUCAGGUUUAUACAUUUGCUUUAGGACUACACAAGCCACCUGUAAUACUGGGCUUUCACACUGAAUAUAAUAAUAACAAUAAUAAUAAUAAAACAUUUUCUGUUUGGCUUCCCCGAAUUUUCACCAUUUUCAAAUUACCUUUUUUUUUUCCUGUAAAAGUUUUGCUAUUACAGUAUUAUAUAAAUUUUUCUUUUGUUGAUUAAAUUUUAAAAUAUACUCCGACAUUGUAUUUUUUUUCUUUUUUU